GGACAGUCGCUUGCAUAGUGGCCUGUACUCUUUUGUUCCCUGUCUUUGCUCUUAAACCCAGCAGCACUGGUCUCGACUCCAUCACUCCGUCGAGCUAGUCUCCUGUGCAUCGUCUCCCAUCUCUGCUUUCUUGUUUUCGUGCUCUCUCCUUCCUGUGUCCUGUAUCCCUAUAACUCCUUCAACGUCUCAUCAUUGCCCCAACGUCUCUCUCAUUCUUUCCGUCACCUGUAUCCUUAACUUUCCUAUCCAUCAAGACUCCGAUAACCUUUAAUCACUUCUCUCCCCCUUUGUAGCUCUCUUGCAAGUCCCAAUUCUCUCUUUUCAUUUCCCCUGCGCUAACAAACGGAUGUCCUUGCUUUUUACAGCAAAUCGGUUAACUCCGUUCAUCUACCUAAUACACCGCUUUCUUACUCUCUUAAUCAAAUCCAUGUCUGCUGGCCCAUUCCAUAGUUCGCCUCAGGACAUCACCGUAACCUUUAAACAGCAGCCUCCCGCUUACGCUUUCCUAUCUCAUCCCCCGCCUCAAAAGAAGCGUCCCACACAACCACUUCCUUCUCCUCCUUCCCAAACUCAGUCGAUCCUCCAGAAACCUUCUGCCCGGCGCCGCUCCCAUACCUUUUCUACCAUCGUUGCCUGGGCCUCACACGUCCAGCCCGGCUCCCCGGCUCCCAUCUCUCCCCAUUCCCCUCGCAGACGCCCCUCUGUGACCAGCACUCGCCGUCCUUCUAUCGGCAUCGGCCGCAAGGCGUCUAUCACCUCCACCCGUGUACCUUCCGGAUCCUUCUUCAACAUCAUCGACACCCCUACCACCUACCGCUCCGCUACCACCCCAUCCGUUGCAAACUUCAAGGCCGAUUUGACAGCCGUCGGCUACACCUCCGUAUUCGUCCACCUUCCCAAUACCCCUCUGUCUGCUGCCCUGCCUAUUGUGCUUAAAUCUGCGGGUCCAGACGCGACCCACAUCCCCAUUCCUCCCAUUCCCGUAUCCCCAUCGCGUCAAACCCGCACCCUCACGCGUUCCCGCUCUCUCUCUGUGCUCAAGCUCCUCCGAAAGCGCGCGCAGUCCAAGACAACAAGCUCACCUCCCUCUCCACCCGCUCACAAAAUGAAAUCCAAAGUUUCCUCAGACGCGAUUGCCAAGCGCAAGAGGGCCAAAUACGCCGCCACGAGACCCGCGCCUCUCGCCAACGAACUCGCGCUCAUGCAGUUUGCUGACGGUGGGAAUAUGGACUCGCACAUCAAACGCGUCAUGGAUGCUCAGGCGAAAGCUGUUGCUGGUCCUGGCCGUGUCGCUGGCGUUGGCGAUGUCUACCGUGAUGGUGAGGGCGGUGUAUGGUGGGAUCAGGCAGAGGAGUGGGAAUAUGCCCAUUUGCUCGGUGGAAGCGAUCCCAAAACGCAAGGUACGGGCGACAUGGACUGGGUCACGUUCGACAACGGUGCAAAGUCGCCCAAGAACGCGCAUACACUGAUCGCACCCUGCACCGCCGGGGAAGGCGAAGAACGCCGCGGGAGUGUAUCUACCCAGGACUCGGACCUCGAUCCCCAAUACAUCGUCCAGCCCACAGAUCACUUUGACACAGACGAUCUAGCGGUGUUUGGCAGUGCGCUGGUGCCACUCGUUUCGCGCAAGCCCGCCAUGUCCGUCCUAGCGCUUCCUGCGCGCUCUCGACGCACAGCCAAGCAUCUCCGCAAGCCGGAGUACAUGGUAGACGCCGCUUUCCCCCGCAUCCCCGGUUCUCCCAAGGGUGCAAGGUUCCCUGCCAGCGCCACUGGUGCCGUGGCUAAACCGAAGCCCAAAGGCAAGGCACGUAGACGCCCCGCUCCGCUCACGUUGAGCCCCCCGAGCCCCGCCUUCAAACAGCCUUCCAGCUCACCUCUAGAUGCUGAGAAGGUGCGCAAGGACUUUAUCGAGUCCUCAUUCGAGCCUGCCGUCCCCGCCACUCCCGCGACACCCUCUACGGCUGCUAUAGCCCAGGCGACCGUGGAUACUCGGGGCAAGUUGACCAGCAGGGCGCUGAAUCUGCCUUUUCGUAACGUCAAUUCAAGCACUGCGAGCUUACCUGCGAAGAAAUCGUUAGGAGUUAAGCCUUCUAGACUAAACAUGAAUGUGAUGGGUCUGUUCAGGAGUAAUAGAAAGGAGGGGGUCGUCCACUAGAGCUAAAGUCACAUCUUGCCUGGAUCCAUUGCUUCUUAUGUCGAUUGUAUCGCAUUCUUCACCUUUGGUUUGCUUUUCGGGCACUACAUGUUUUACCGCUUUUGUCAUGUUUUUGUAUCCUUUUCUGUAGCUAUAGCGCUCGUGAUCGAUGCAUGUGUCUCCCUUGCUUGGCUGACGCAUUAUGUUGUUUGUUAUCCUCUACACUUUCUAUCCUAGCAUGUUGCAUAAUCUUUUUUUUGUCUUGUUAUUUUUCUGAUGAUGUUGUAUGUCACAAACUCUCCGCAUUUGAACGCAGUUCUCAACGACUUGAAAUGGCGCAGUUCAAUCCAGGUACCGUGACUACUACUGGUAGUACGAGUCAAUGUCAGUGGUUCGCGAUCGACUCUGACUCUCGGGGGUCGAAGAACCGAGGAUCAUCGACCGGUACGGUUCGUUCAGAGUUACUUAUCGCCAUGGCCUUCCAUCUCUUCUACUACGCAUAAUGCAUCGAAUCGUGAACCGGUGCUCUUCAAAUCCGACUGCAUUUCGUCACUGACACCAAUCGCUCCGCGCCAGAUGGACGUUGCAGUCUGAGCCAGUACAAUGGGAUUGGGAUCUGCCAUUGCCAGUGAUCGCGGCUGAAUGUAUGUCGAGUCAAAUUCUGUUUUGGAGGGCAUUGCAGUAUCGGAUUGUGAGGCCGCUUCUUCAGGGUUGGCAGUUUGGCCUUUACA